AUGUCUCGCCCGGUUUUCAGGCUGGAUGACGCAGAACGUCUGGAAAAGAGGACGCUGGAGAUGCUGUCUGAUCAGAAUCGCCGAGUGGAUGAUGCAAAAGCGAAAUUGGAGCUCCUGGCUGAAAUAAAACAGGAGUAUGAACGUCGCCUUAUGGAGACCAACCAAACAUUAAAUCGUCUUCACCGGCAAGUCUUUUUCGCAACGACCGGGACAAAACCGCGAGUGCACUUUGAAACGCAAGAUGACAUCUACCACAGUGAGGUUAUCCACUCAGACGACCUCGAGACGGAUGUGGAUCCGGAGGUUACAUUUGGAAAGCGUUGUGCCUUCUACUGUCACGAGAUUACGCGCCUCAGGCAACGUACCACCUGUCUGGAGGAGAGUCUGCAUGAAGUAACCACCCAAAAGCUCACACCCGCGCGUCUCAAUGAGAUUAAGGCCCUGCUGCGAGUCACACAACAACCAAAUCCGUACGUUGACUGCUAG